AAAAAAUUCUAAAAAUUAAUCUUCUAUAUAUUUUUAGUAAUACUCAACACAGCCAUAGUUUCGUAUUACGAAACCCGCGUGUUCUUGUAUUCUAAUAACAAAACCCGACCAUUUCUUCCUUUUUCUUGCUCAGUUGCAAAAUUUGGCAGACUCAUUCCCGAUUUCUGUUUAGUUGGAGGUAUUUACUAAUCAAUAGAAAUAUGGCAAAACGUACAGCAAAUUCCAAAAUUGAAGAUGAACCAGCUGACUUAAAAAAAUCAAAGAAUGAAAGUCUGGUAGAGAAAAUUCAAGAAUCUCGCAUAAAAUGUGCAAAAUCUGUUCAGGAUUUUAAAUUCAACAAAAAGCGAGUUCGUUUAUUGAAUGAAGUGGAAGAAUUCCUUGAAGGAUCUCAGGGUGUUCUUUAUUGGAUGGUCCGUGAUCAAAGGGUGCAAGAUAACUGGGCUAUGCUGUUUGCCCAAAGACUUGCUCUUAAAGAAAAGACAUCCCUUCAUGUAUGCUUUUGUGUGGUGGUUCCAUUUCUCGAAGCAACCAAACGACAUUAUGAUUUUUUGUUGAAUGGACUGAAGGAAGUUGAAAAGGAAUGCUGCAAUUUGGAUAUUCAGUUCCAUCUCUUGAAAGGAGACCCAUCUUCUGAAGUAUCCAGUUUGGUAAAAGAGUUGAAUAUCGGUGCUGUUGUCACAGAUUUCAGCCCAUUGAGACUUCCUAGAAAAUGGUUGACUGAUUUAACAGAGAAUCUCCCUAAAAAUGUUGGCUUGUGUCAGGUGGACACACACAAUAUUGUACCAUGUUGGAUAACUUCUGAAAAGCAAGAAUAUGGUGCUAGAACUAUCAGGAACAAAAUCCACAGUCAAAUGUGUAACUUUCUCACUGAAUUCCCUCCUGUCAUCAAGCAUCCCCACGAAGCCAAAACUGAAGCCAAGCCUACAGAUUGGAAUACAAUUAUUGGGAAAUCUGAUACAGACGAGGCUGUCAAACCAGUGGACUGGGCUAAACCAGGUACAGCUGCAGGUUAUGCGACUCUGGAGAGUUUCUGCAAUGAACGUCUGAAACAUUUUGCCACAGAACGUAAUGAUCCUACCAAGAACAGUUUAAGUAAUCUGUCUCCUUGGCUCCGAUUUGGUCACAUAUCUCCACAAAGAUGUAUACUGGUUGUUAAGAAAUUCCAGAAAUCUCACAAAAAUAGUGUUGAUGCAUUUGUUGAAGAGGCUGUUAUACGCAGUGAGCUGGCAGAUAAUUACUGCUAUUACCAGAAGGACUACGACAAUAUAAAUGGAGCUUAUGAAUGGGCUCGGAAUAGCUUGAAGCAGCAUGCUAAGGACAAACGAGAAUACAUCUACUCAAGGAAAGAGUUUGAAGAAGGCAAGACUCAUGAUCAACUCUGGAAUGCUGCCCAAAUACAACUUGUCAAAGAAGGUAAAAUGCAUGGCUUUCUAAGGAUGUAUUGGGCGAAAAAAAUUCUAGAAUGGUCAACUACUCCUUCUGAAGCACUGGAAAUUGCCAUAUUCUUAAAUGACCGAUAUUCUUUGGAUGGAAUGGAUUCCAAUGGAUAUGUUGGUUGUAUGUGGUCAGUUUGUGGAAUCCAUGACAUGGGUUGGGCUGAACGACAGAUUUUCGGCAAAAUUCGUUACAUGAACUUCAAUGGAUGUAAACGUAAAUUUGAUGUCAACCGAUUUAUAAUGCGUUAUAAGAGCAAGUAAUGAUCAAGUACUGACAUUACUGUAGUUUAGUGUCAGUUGACAUCAUUCAUUUUAGACAACCAUAGUCAUUCUUACAUUUGAAUCUCAUGUUUGCUCUUUAUUUCACAUUUAAAAUUUUAUCUUGCAUGUAUUUUUUUUUCUUUUCUUUUCUUUUUAAGUUUAACCCUUUUGCUACCAACCUACCUGAAACUACCCUUGGUUCUCUCACACAAACUGUGUCAAAGUAACCUAAAUGCAAAUCUUCCAUCAAAAUUUCAUGUUAAUUUGUUAAUCGUAAUUCAUGUUAAUCAUAAUAAUGACAAAGUUAUUUUUCUACAUUCUUCAUUAUUUUCAAAAUUAAUAGAAACAAGGAAGUUUAUUUCAGCAGAAAUAUGGUAAUGAAAGAGUUAAGAGCUCUCUUCAUGCUUCACAUUUUAUUUGUUGUAAAACAUUUAAAACAAUGAACCUUUCAAACUCAGGGAUUUAUCAGAAUAACUUAACAUUUGGUUUUAUAUGUGGAUUACACUCUUUUACUUGUUUCAGUCAUUUGACUGUGGCCAUGCUGGAGCACUGCCUUUAGUUGAGCAAAUCGACCCCAGGACUUAUUCUUUGUAAGUCUAGUACUUAUUCAAUUGGUCUCUUUUGCU